AUGUCAGCAACAGCCCCGGAGCCAUCGCACACUUCUGCAAAUGCUCCCGGUGACGAGUCCAAGGCCAAAGAUGAUGCCCCGGCCGUUCGAUUUGCCUCUUCUAUAGAGGAAAUUUCGCCCUCGGUAACAGCCACCGCCCCCAGUCAAGAUCAAGACUAUAGCUUCUCUGAGGUUGCUGCGGACCAGCUUAAAGCUUUCACCAAAUCUCUACAAGGCCGUCCCCUGCAAGAGAGACGCAUGAAUACUUUCCAAUUCGAAGCCUUUUCUCUCCCACCUUCUAGAGUUGCGUCCCGGGAUGAUGAGUCGGCAGAUUCAACUAGACUCCCAACACCCAAUUCUUCCAACUUCUACUCUCCCCAUGGCAGCCCAAGGCUCUCGGCGUUGGCUUCUCCGCCACUUACACCCGCCGGUUCGGGUCCGUCCGCAACAGUCGCUGAAAAGAGAAUAUCCAAAGGACCGGACGACAAAAGUGCUAGCGCUAGCGAUCCUCAAAUCAUCACACCUCAAGCCUCGACGUCACACGACAAAUCCCCUGUGAUUGAGGAUCGCAAGCCUCUUGCUCACCGACCUGCUUCUUCCGAUCAUGUUAUGAGACGAUCGUCUUCCGUUGAAGAUCACAAGUCCCACAGAAGGGGUAUGUUCGGCGUUGGCCCCGGCUCUGUCCCUGUGUCUCGAGAAUCGAGUCCGUCGCGAAGCUCCGCAUCCAACUUCUAUUCGAAGCCAAUGACGCCUGGCGGUGACGCGAAUGAUCCCUACGCCAAAGGGAAAAGACCACCACCACAGUCGCACCCGUCGCGACACACGAUUGAUCCUCGUUUUGUGUUUUCUAGAAAGAAGAAGCAUGGGUCCCCGAGCAGCUCCAAGACGAACUUGACUGAAAAACGUGGGUCGGGUGUGUUUGGUAAAAGUGAUGAGCUUCUCGCUGCGGAUGGUGCAGGAGGUGGUUCGGGUCAUGCGCCCCAGGGAUCGAUGGCGGAUCUUAAACGCUUUUUCAGAAUGUCCGGCCACAACCAGCAUCACCAUCACCACAAAAAGAGAGAAUCUUCGCCAGCACCGGGGACCAGGACCCCCCCUACACACCGGUCUACCAACCAGCAACUUCCGUUCAGCGAUGACCAUGGGCUGUCAUCGCGAUACGGAAAGCUCGGUAAGGUCCUUGGCGCCGGCGCUGGCGGCUCAGUCCGAUUAAUGCGCCGCAAGGAGGACAAUACCGUUUUCGCAGUCAAAGAGUUUAGAGCCAGGCAUAGCUACGAGACAGAGAAGGAGUACAACAAAAAAGUAACUGCCGAAUUUUGUGUCGGGUCAACACUGCAUCAUGGCAACAUUAUUGAGACUUUGGAUAUUCUUCAAGAAAAGGGUCGAUGGUUCGAAGUUAUGGAAUACGCACCAUUUGACCUAUUCGCAAUUGUCAUGACAGGCCGAAUGACCCGGGAAGAAAUCCGAUGCUGCUUCUUGCAAAUUUUGAAUGGAGUCACGUAUUUGCACAGUGUUGGGCUGGCUCACCGGGAUUUGAAGUUGGACAAUGUUGUCGUCAGCGAUAAGGGAAUUAUGAAGAUCAUUGAUUUUGGUAGUGCCCAUGUCUUCAAAUAUCCCUUCGAGAACGACACUGUUCCUGCAAAAGGUAUCGUUGGAUCCGACCCAUAUCUGGCGCCGGAAGUUUAUGAUGUGAAAGAGUACGAUGCAGCAGCUGUAGAUAUCUGGUCGCUUGCCAUCAUCUUCUGCUGCAUGACCUUGCGACGCUUCCCAUGGAAGAUUCCAAGAAUGACGGACAACUCAUUCAAACUCUUCGCGGCCGAUCCUACUCCCGGACACGAUCCUACAAAACUGAUUGGACAUUCAAAAUCAACGGGCAAUCUGUCCAACACGGUGCCGAGGGAGUUCUUGACUGACGAGGAUCUGAAAGAAAAGGGUCAUCAUCGCCAUCACUCACACAGUUCGCAUCACCAUGGGAAGGAGGGAUCCGAAGCCUCAUCUACGACAGAUUCUCAGAGCCAGCAGUCCCAGAGCCAGAGUACCACAGGAGAGCGCAAGGAAAUCAUCCGUGGCCCAUGGAGGAUUCUCCGAUUGUUGCCUCGAGAAAGCCGCCACAUUGUUCACCGCAUGCUGGACCUUGACCCAAAGACCCGUGCCAAGAUGGACGAAAUUUUGAACGAGUCGUGGAUUGCUGACACGGUCAUAUGUCAGCAGCUAGAGAAUGGCGAAGUCAUUCCUGCCGAGGACCAUAGUCACGUGUUGGAACCCCCAGCGUCUCAGCAACAGCAGUCCAAGACAUAA